CUACUAUAUAACAAAUAAUUUGAGAUUAUCAUGCAAACCAGAUGAGUUGGCUAAAGUGUUUAGCUACAUUUUUACUGUUUCUUCAGUCUUUAUCAUCAGACGUCAAAAUCUUUUGGUCAGAGAAAAAUAUAAACGGCCAAGUGCUAAAUGUGUUAUACGGUAGUGCAGUAGAAUUUAGGUGUCAUAAUAAUACAGUGGAUAACCUCUUUGAAGUAUCUGAAGAGGAAUAUGAUAGUUGUGAGCCACUUAUGAACCAGCACAGUUUAUUAAACUGCACUCGGGACACUCCACGAGGCAGAGAUAUCUACACAGCCCUAAUAGUACAGCACGAUGUGCGAGACCCUUUCUUUAAAGACUACAUCAUCGGUGAAAAUUACUACUUUAUAUCGACGGCCUCCAGAAAAGGCACUGAUGGGGAGAGGAUUGCAAACACCGCGGGAGGUAACUGCAGACACCAUUCCAUGAAGAUAGAGUUGCACGUCGUUAAUUCUCUCUCAAAAAGCACGUCUGAUAUCUCAGAGAACGGUGCUAGCAGUGUGCCAGACCCUGGAGGGCAGGACCCGCCAAUCGAGGACCCGGAAGAGGACCACUCGUCGAAGACAGACGUCCCGCAAGAUAACUACGCCAAUCACAACUACACCAGCGCGCUUGAAGACGACGCGAAGGUCGUACAAGUUUUAGAUUCUUCGGCAGCUGCGGACAAUAAGUCUAACACGGCGCGCAGCAGCCGCAUAUUAGCCUUAUUGUUAUUAACUCUCGUCUACAUACUGAACUCUUAAUGGACGGGGUGCUUGCUCGCGUGUUGCGACAAACUGCUAUUUCUUCAUGUUUUGCGCGCAGUUCAACAAGGUCCGCCACUGAUCUGCUGGAUCUGCAAUUUAGUUAAUGAAAGACUUGUCAACAUCUCUCUAAAUUGAACGAGAAUGGUUUUUAGAGUGAGAUAGAUUUGUUCAUCAUCUAGUGCACAAAUGCACAACAUGCGAGUGCACAACAUGCGUGUGCACGACGCACGUGCGUGUGCACGACGCACG